AUGGCGCCGGACCGCGCAUCACUCACGUCAAACCCGGCGACUGUGUCUACCACUCACCCCUCAACUCCUAUCACCCCUGAUCUGUCUCGACCUAGACUCAAGCAAAUUACACAGUGGAUUCGUGAUGAGCUGGACAUACGUGUGGCCCGUGACGGCUCUGAUGUGCUACGACCUGACGACGUCUUGACCCUCCACGAGACCUUUAUUGCUCUUCAACACGCAAGAAACAUCACCGUCUCGGACUUGCGUGCGACCGGUAUUCACAAAGCGGUGCAGAACAUUGCUGGCGUGGCGACACGAUGGCCUGGCCGGCUGUGCGAUGACUGCGAUAGGAUCAUCGAUAUCUGGACUGCCAAAUUUGGUCGUUUCAGUGAGAUUCAUCCGUUCUUAUUUGGGAGAGGCGGUCGACUUGAAGGUAUUGCUAGCAUCCACGAGUACUCUCGCGAGGCAAGUGGCCGUUACAACAGCUUGGCAUUACUCAAGCGGUGGGCCUCGACAUGCCCCGAAAAGAUCCACCCCAAGCGAUCUCACAGACUAGGUAGUCUAGGCUUUGUUGCUGGAAGUUGGUGGAUCAACCCUUUGUUCGCACACCAUGCCGGCAUCAUCGGCCUCGAAGCAUGUGACGGUGGGACGACAUAUGAUAAACAUGGGGCAUAUGCACUGUUGCUAAAAGACACGGGCGAACUCGAAGCAAGCUGCGAAUCGCGUUUCACGUAUCGCGUUCCACAAAACGACAAGGGCAAGUUCCGACUGACAUCGGCCACUCCAAGAAGCAGAGAUCCUGUUCGGGUACUUCGCAGUCACAGUAUCAAUAGCAUAUGGGGUCCCAAGGCUGGUGUGAGGUAUGAAGGUCUGUACAGCGUCAGAGGCUGGUCUAUCAAGCAGGCAAAGAGCACCGAUACAGCUGGCGGACAGUGGAAAGAGGGCGAUAUCCUCUUCGAUGUCAGAUUCGAACGUACCGACCAAGUACCGAUGGAAGUGGUCAUUACGCGGCCUACUGCGACCGAAGUUGACGAUUAUGCGGAAUACAAGCGCCUUCGCAAACUCAACCGCGACGGCAAGCAAAAAGAAGCAAAGGCAACAUCUUACAAUCCUAGUCUUCAUCCUGUUGCUAAGCCUUUAUCUCCGGUUAUGCCAUUACCGUCUCCUCUCGCAGCGCCGAAGCAGCUAGUUAUUGACUCCCCUCCAAGUGCAUUGCGUAAAGACAUGGUCAAACGACUCCACUUCGACGAAGAAGCACAUAUCCAUGUUAUCGGAGACGAGGAAGCUCUCUCGCCAAGGAGUGCACCCGACAUGGAUCCAAUGAAAGUCGCGGCGUUGGGUAAGAGUAAAAAGUUGACUGUUUCCUCGCAAUCCAGCCAAGCAGCCACCCAUAGCAAAGCCGACUUGUCAGUCCCUGAUGCAGGUGGAUAUGCCAGCCCUGCAGGCUCCAAUACCAGCAGUUCAUAUACCAUGCACACAACAAAGACAGCGGCCAGUACUAAACCUAACGUCGACAUACGGCAAGUAGCACCGUGGAUCGACUACGAUGCCAACCUUAGCCUGCCUUCGCCAUCUGAAGAGUCACUCAUAGUGCACCAACGCCCCAUUAUUACACGAACCAUUACGAGCGUGGGACCGCUCAGAACACAAGGCACAAAGUCUCUCUUUACGAAAUCUCGAGAGCGCUUGCCGAGUCCAGAGGAUAGUCCUAACGCGUCUAGUUCUGCGGAGCCUCGCCCUGACGAUAAACACGAGAAAAAGAAUGAUGGUGAUACCAAGGGUUUGCCAGGAGACAUGUUCAGUGCGCAGAACAUGGCGAAGAGACACAAAAGGAAGAGUGUUGCUAUGCGCAAGCGGACCCUGAUGGCGAAGCUGUUUGAUGGUGUGCUGGAUGACGACAGCGAA